CAUAGCGUAUAAAAGUGCGGCUCGAAGGUGAGCAAUGGCAGGCAAACGCCACGGAAUCACGGUGUUAUUUGUUAUCUGCAUGUACUUCGAAUUUGGUGAUUUCACACCUGGGCUCAUUGUCCAGUCUGAUGGGAACUUCACACUACAGCCAAAUGUUGAGGGUUUCCUGGAGCACAUUGUGUGGAAGUGGAAUUAUCACAAGGUGGUUGAAUAUGACCUGAAGACGAAGAGAGAAUACAGAGAGUUUAAAGGACGGACAAUCCUGAAUGUCACAACAGGAGCCCUGACCCUCACACAUCUCAGAGAGUCCGACAGUGGGGAGUAUGAGGGUGAGCUGCAGGUCAAAGGAGAACUGACAUACCAUCAUCAGAGGGUGACAGUGUUUGAUGCUGUAGAUAAACCUACAGUCACCUGCCAGGUGAACAGGACCUCAGUAACCCUGCUGUGCUCUGGGGACGACAGACCUGCCACUCAGUACAGGUGGGAGGGGCCUGCCAUAGAGCCCCAGCCAGGGCCCCAGCUGAAGAUAGAGGCAGCAGAGACAUCUGACUCAGUCUACACCUGUGUGCUCAACAACCCUGUGAGUGAGAGCAGAACAGAGCUUCCUGUAAAGAGCUGCUUCCCUGCACCAGAAAGUUCCUCUGUCAGCAUUCCCUUAGUCAUUGUCCUCCUCCUCAUCAUCAUCAUCAUUGUGGGAUUCAUUUUCUAUAAGAAGUGCUACAAAAGAGGAGUUGAGGACAGAGUGAAGCCACAUGGAGACAUGAUGAGGCCAGCUCAGGCCCAUGAUGAGCAUCAGAAGGCAGCUCUGGCUGAGCAGCACAGAGGGGCUGAUGGGAGAGCUGCACUUUCACAGGAGGAGAGUCAGACAGAUUCCCAGAUGCAGAUUCCACCUCUGACUAUGAAGAAUUUCAUGACUAUUCUGAAGAUCUUCCUGGCACAGAUCAUACAAACACCCCUCUAUCUCCAUCGGAAUGAGACUUUAGGACAGAGUCAGGACCAGGAAGAGGAAACACGAGCAGAAUCUACUGGUGAGGCUGGAGCCAAUCAGACAGCAGGAUCCCAGAGGCAGAGAGAGGAGAGGAGGGGGCAGGAUGGAGUAUUUAUGCCUUUUGGCCCCAUAAAGACCACAGACCUCAUCACUGCCUCAUCAUCUUUGUACAUCCAGCAGCAGAACACAACACUAUAUAACAUCAAUACAGCACACUGA